AUGACACAGGAAUCCUCUCUACUUCAUAGAAUUUUUAAAUCUAGAUAUUUCCCUACUUCUUUUGUUUGGAGUGGAAUUUGGGAAGCUAAAACAAAUCUACUUAAAGGCUGCAAGUGGCGUGUUGGAAAUGGUCUAUCUAUUAAUAUCUGGACUGAUUAUUGGCUUCCAAACCACAAGUUGGUUCCUGUUACUACUACAACUGCAACAAGUUUAGUUUCUGAGAUGGACAAUUCUGUGGCUUCUUUGAUGAUGCAGAAUCCUAGAAGAUGGGAUAUGGAGAAGGUAAGAAGCUUGACACCAGCAAGGGAGGCUAAUGAGGUGCUUUGUAUUAGACUGCCAUCUGAGAAUGUACCUGACACACUGGUAUGGGAACAUGAGAAAACUGGGAUGUAUUCUGUCAAGAGUGCUUAUCAGUUUUCCUCUCUAUGGAUACAGAUAGACAAAGGGCUGAGUGUUCAAGUGCUGCAGACCAAAAUCUUUUAUGGAAGAAGUAUUGCUGAGCUUCAAAUUGAAAGUGAUGCACUUCUUGUAAUUGAAGAACUCAAAAAGGAAGGAAGGUCAUCAACCUUGUGGAGUUCACUUAUUCAAGAAAUCAAAACACUUCUAUCCACCCUUCCUAAUUGGUCUAUUCAGCACAGAGGUCGUGAAUCUAAUGGUGUAGCACAUGCUUUAGCUAAAUUUGCAUGGCAUCUUGAUGAUAUAGCUCUAUGGUGGGAUUCUAUUCCAGAAUCUAUAUCUCAAGCUAUUUGGGUUGAUUUAUCAUUGUAA